AUGGACAGGCAAUGUUCUAAAUGACCACACAGCCGCACCCCGGUGAGUAGGACAUCCUCAGCCGUUUCCCCAAACCCCAGAAUCUCCCCCGCUGUCUCCACAUCCCCAAAGGAGUCGUCUUGCAUGGAGGCACCCCAGGACUCUGUCCACAGGGACAGACUCCCACACCCCACCACCAUUCUGCUCCGCAAGUCGCAGAGCAGCAGCCAGGCCGCACUCCUGCCACAGAAGCACCAGGUGUUCAUGGAGGAGGCCAGCGGUGCAGCCAUCUGCUUCAAGAUGCUGCAGGACAUGAGCAGUGCAGAUCCCUUCCGCCUGAAGUACAUCAUCAAGAAGGUCAAGAACACGGCUCAUGGCUCCCCCAGCCUGGUGAUGGAAACCAUCCACCACUGCUUCAUAGACAACCCAGAGAUCUCCAGCAGGCACAAGUUCUGGCUGUUCCAGACUCUGGAGAUGGUCAUCGGGGCCAGUGACAUCCCAGAGGAGACCUGGGAGAAAACCUUCACGCAGCUGGCCCUGGAGAACACGACCAAGACCACGGAACUGGCAGACAUACACCAGGACGAGGCCAGCAGCGUGCGGGUGGCCAUCUGCAGGCACUCGUGGCGGGUGGUGGCGCAGCAUCUGGAGACGGAGCUCCUGACGGGCAUCUUCCCGCACCGCAGCCUCCUCUAUGUGAGGGGCAUCCUGUCCCCCCGCGGAGCUCUUCGGCUGGGAAGACAAGCCUGCUGGGAAGAGCAACUGAGCCAGAAAGCCAUCAAGUCGGUCCCGUUCCUGAACAUGGAUGUGUGGUCCAAAGUGCUGUGGGCACUCACCACGCCCAGCCAGACCCAACAGGAGCAGUCCCCUGAGAAGGUCUUCCUGUUCACCUACUACGGGCUGAUCCUUCAAGCCAAAAAAAACUGUGCCACAGUCAAGAGACACCUGCAAGCCCUCCUGGAAAUGUCACACCAGCGGCCCAAGCAGAGGGAAGGCAUGGCUCUGACCGUGGGGCUGGCGGCCGCCCACCACCUGGAUGGCGUCUGGGCCGUCCUGGACCAGUUUGGCCAAAGCAGGCCCAUCAGAUGGAGCCUGCACAGCUUCCCCUCAAAGGACUCGAAGGACCUGCACUGGAAAUGGGCCAGCAGCACCAUCCUCCUGGCACACGGCCAGGUGGCGGCCAAGGCCCACGCCCACAUCCUCCCGUGGGUGGACAGCAUCGUGUCCAGGAUAAUCGUCUUCUUCCACCACUGCUCCUGGGACGAGACCCUGAGGCAGAGCUUCCUCACAGCCUCCCUGAUGCUGACGGGUGCACUGAGCCGGAGCGAGGGGGCUCACAGCUACAAGUUCUCCCAGACCUCUGAGCUCCUCCAGUGUCUGAUGGUUUUGAUGCAGAAGGAGCCCCAGGACACUCUGUGCACACAAAGUCGCCAUGCACACAAGGCCAUGCACGUCGCAUCCAGCCUCUGCAAGCUGAGGCCUCCCAUAGCCUCAGAAAGGAAGUCCCAGCUGUCCACCUGCUCCCGCAGCACGUUUGGCCUGCCGCUGCUGGACGCUCUGGAGAAGCACACCUGCCUCUUCCUGGAGCCACCCAACAUCCAGGUGCGGUCCACGGCUCAAGGGCGGGCAGGCUGGACACACCGGGGCUGGGGACCCGGGCAGCUGCCUCGCUGCUCUGAGCACCUGCAGGUCAGCUGAGCGCUAUAUGCCGCGAUGUCUGCCCGCCUGUCCAAUGGGGAUGAUACUAACAGAGCCAAUGAUGAGCUCCCCAACCUUGUAGGGCACCUGUACGUCUGGCUGGCAUCGGAGAAGGCGCACGAGCGGCAGCGGGCUGUGCACAGCUGCAUGAUCCUCAAAUUCUUGAACCACGGUGGCUACUUGGACCCAGAGGAGAACUACAAACACAUUGGGCAACUGGUGGGCAUACUGCGGAUGCUGUGCCAGAUCCCAGACAGGGUCACCCAGCGCUACAGCCUGGAAGGGGCGAGCCAUCUCUACCAGCUCUUGAUGUGCCACAAAGCAGGAGAAGGCUUGCAGGCAGAAUUGCAGUCCCCCAAGGAGCUCUCCCAGGCCCAUUCGGACGAAGCCCCACUCUGGAGCAGUGGAGACCAGAAAGCCACUCCCCUGGGCCCCCAGGAGAUGGCGAAGAACCACUUCUUGCGGCUUGGCAGCUCCCAAGUCAUCGAAGAGAUCAUGCAGCAGCUCACGCUGGAGGAGCUGAAUGACCUCGUCUGGACAGCCAUCGACGGCCUGGGCUCCACCAGCCCCUUCCGCGUGCAGGCGGCCUCUGAGAUGCUGCUUGCAGUCAUCCAGCAGCCCGGGGCCAAGCAGAAGACUGUUGCCAGCAUGGGCCGGGCCAUCCGCCUCCACCUGUGCUCCCUCCGCAUUCCCCAAGCCAAGGAAGACACCCUGCACGCCAUCACCCUGCUGGCCCGGAGCCACACCCCCGAGCUGGUGGCCACCUUCCUGGACAUCUCCAUGCCCCUGGACAGCCACACCUUCCUGCUGUGGAGGACCCUGGGGGCCAAGCUGCCCAUGAGCCACCUGGUGCUGGCCACACUGCUGGGCUGGCUACAGGAGCGACCCCUGCCCACUGAUGCCAGCGACAGCAGCCCCCACCCCAAGGAGAGGACCUCCCUGCGUUCACUGGCCGCCAUGAACACGCUGCAUGAGCUGCAGUCUGCCCAGGAGUUCAAGCAGGCCACGCAGGAGGCCUACCCCGAGAUCCUCCCGGCCCUCCUCACCCAGGUGCACUAUGUCCUGGAGCUGAACCUGCCCGGGGAGCCUCAGCCCAAGCAGCAGGCCCAAGAGGCGGCCGUGCUCAGCCCCCAAAGCUGCAGCACAUCCCUGGAGGCGCUGAAAAGCCUGCUGUCCACCACGGGGCACUGGCAUGUCUUUGCCCACCUGGGGCUGCAGAGUUCCUGGGAGCUCUUCACCACCAUCCACACCUACCCGAAGGGCGUGGGCCUCCUCGCCAGGGCCAUGGUGCAGAACCACUGCAGGCAGCUCACGGCGGUGCUGUACCAGCUGCUGCCCAGGCUGCAGAGCCCAGAGGAUCGGGAGAGGAAGGUGGCCAUCCUCAUCCUCACCGAGUUCCUCUACGGCCCUGCCCUGCUCGAGGUGCUUCCCAAACCGGCUGCCUUGACCGGGGCGCACGGCCUCUGGGACCCCAGCACCGAGGUCCGCGUGUCAAGUCUGCAGGGCCUGGGGAACAUCCUCUUCCACCCAGCUAAGGGAAGCCUGCUGCGGGGACAGCUGCGGCCCUUCCUCAACGGCUUCUUCCAGAGCAGCAAGCAGGUGGUCGUGUGCAUCAUGAACACCGUGUCAGACACGCUGCACCGCCUGGGCGCGCAGGGCGUGGGGUUCCAGAGCCUCCGUGUCGCCGUCAACACACGCUCCUUCUUUGACGAUAAGCGGGACGGGACUCGGGCAGCAGCCAUGGCACUGUUUGGGGACCUGGUGGCGGUGAAGGCAGGCAGGGAGCCGAGUGGUCUGCGGACCCAGGUGCACCAGAGCAUGGUACCCCUGCUCCUGCACCUGAAGGAUCGAUGCCCAGCUGUCGCCAUGCAAGCCAAGUUCGCCUUCUCCCUCCGCUGGCGGCUGCGGCACACCCUCUUCUGCACGCUGGCCUGGGAGAGGGGCCUCAGCACCGGCCACUUCCUCUGGACCUGCCUGAUGCCCCGAAGCCAGGAGGAAUUCAGCAUCCACUUGUCCCAGGCGCUCAGCUACCCGCACAGCCACUCCUGCUACAUCAAGACCUGGGCAGCGCUCUUCAUAAGCUAUACCAUCUGCUACCACCCCAAGGCCGUGUCCCAGAUGCUGAAUGCCGUGGACACCAACCUGCUUUGGCGGGUGACUUUUGAGGAUCUCAAAAGUGACCCAGAGCUGAGCAUCCGGGAAUCGCCACCAGGACGGUGGAGCCCGCCGCGGCCCCACUUCCAUGUCCUCCAUGCCCCUCCACCCCCCAGGUAG